GAGGCCCAUGUCCGGGUUUUAAAACCGACUAUUAUAAUAGAUUAACUUGAAUGUUGCAAUCCCUAGAUUGCCAUGGUGUAUAUUAUGAAGCAUGUCAAAUUGACAAUGUCAACCAUACAUUUAUUAUCAUCUGAUUGUACGUGUGAGUUAUAAUGGAAAAGAUACCUGAUCAGAUUGGUUACUUGGUUUUAACAGAGGACGGGGCUGUCCUUGAAUCUGGUGGGGAAUUAGAAAACGACGAACGUGUUGCUACUAUAAUAACUGAUCUCAUCUCCUUAUCCAAUAAAGUUGAUCCACUAGCAUUUGGACCGAAUGAACAGUUCAAGAAGAUAUCUAUAACGUAUGAUGACCAUUGGUUUGUAAUAUGUCUCUCCAAUAAGAAGAUCUAUGUUGUGAAGCGCAGCAUACAACCAAGUAUCAGUGAAGGGAAUGCUAUAAAUGUAUGA